CGGUACCGGUGCCGGUGCCGGUGCCAUGGACCUGGCGUACGUGUGCGAGUGGGAGAAGAGGCCCAAGAGCAACCAUUGCCCGUCCGUGCCGCUGGUGUGCGCCUGGUCCUGCCGCAACCUCAUCGCCUUCACCACGGACCUCAAGAAUGAGGAGGAGAAAGAUCUCACCCACAUGGUCCACAUCAUCGACACCGAGCACCCAUGGGACGUCUACUCCGUUAACUCUGGCCACGCUGAAGUCAUCACUUGUCUGGAGUGGGAUCAGUCGGGCUCCAGGCUGCUCUCUGCAGACGCAGAUGGGCACAUCAAGUGCUGGAGCAUGACGGAUCACUUGGCCAACAGCUGGGAGAACACGGUGGGCAGCAUGGUGGAAGGGGACCCGGUGGUGGCCCUGUCCUGGCUGCACAACGGCGUGAAGCUGGCUCUGCACGUGGAAAAGUCUGGAGCAUCCAACUUUGGUGAGAAGUUCUCCAGGGUCAAGUUCUCCCCAUCGCUGACGCUCUUUGGGGGGAAGCCCAUGGAGGGCUGGAUCGCAGUGACCAUCAGCGGGCUGGUGACCGUGUCCCUCCUCAAGCCCAACGGCCAAGUGCUGACGUCCACAGAGAGCCUGUGCCGGCUCCGCUGCCGCGUGGCCUUGGCCGACGUGGCCUUCACCGGAGGGGGGAACAUCGUGGUGGCCACCUCGGAUGGCAGCAGCACCUCCCCGGUGCAGUUCUACAAGGUCUGUGUCAGCGUGGUGAAUGAGAAGUGCAAGAUAGACACCGAGAUCCUGCCUUCCCUCUUCAUGCGCUGCACCACGGACCCUGCCCGCAAGGACAAGUACCCGGCCAUCACUCACCUCAAGUUCCUCGCUCGGGACAUGUCGGAGCAGGUGCUGCUUUGUGCUUCCAACCAGAACAGCAGCAUCGUGGAGUGCUGGUCUCUGAGGAAGGAGGGCUUGCCAGUCAACAACAUCUUCCAGCAAAUCUCUCCUGUGGUUGGAGACAAGCAGCCCAUGAUCCUCAAGUGGCGGAUCCUCUCUGCCACCAAUGACCUGGACCGCGUCUCGGCUGUGGCUCUGCCGAAGCUGCCCAUCUCCCUGACCAACACUGACCUGAAGGUGGCCAACGACACCAAGUUCUUCCCUGGAUUGGGCUUGGCUUUGGCUUUUCACGAUGGCAGCGUGCACAUUGUGCACCGCCUGUCCUUGCAAAUGAUGGCUGUCUUCUAUGGGUCCUCCUCCCAGCGCCCCGUGGACGAGCAGGCCAUCAAGAGGCAGCGAACUGCUGGACCCCUGGUUCACUUCAAAGCCAUGCAGCUCUCCUGGACGUCCCUGGCCUUGGCUGGCAUUGAUAGUCACGGGAAGCUGAGCAUGCUUCGCAUCUCACCCUCCAUGGGCCACGUGCUGGACAUGAACAUGUCCCUCCGUCACCUGCUGUUCCUGCUGGAGUAUUGCAUGGUGACUGGCUACGACUGGUGGGACAUCCUGCUCCACGUCCAGCCCAACAUGGUCCAGAACCUGGUGGAGAAGCUGCAUGAAGAGUACAUGCGCCAGAACGCGGCCCUGCAGCAGGUCCUCUCCACCCGCAUCGUGGCCAUGAAGGCCUCUCUCUGCAAGCUCUCCUCCAGCACCAUCGCCCGGGUGUGUGACUACCACGCCAAGCUCUUCCUCAUCGCCAUCAGCUGCACCUUGAAGUCGCUCCUGCGCCCGCACGUCCUCAACACCCCGGACAAGAGCCCUGGGGACCGGCUCACCGAAAUCUGCUCCAAGAUCACGGAUAUAGACAUUGACAAGGUGAUGAUUAACCUGAAGACAGAGGAGUUUGUCCUGGAGAUGAACACCCUGCAGUCCCUGCAGCAGCUCAUCCAGUGGGUGGGAGAUUUUGUGCUCUACCUGCUGGCCAGCCUUCCUAACCAGGGCUCCCCUGUGCGGCCAGGGCACAGCUUCCUGCGGGACGGAGCAUCCCUGGGCAUGUUCAGGGAGCUGAUGGUGGUGAUCCGCAUCUGGGGACUGCUGAAGCCAAGCUGCCUCCCUGUCUACACAGCGACCUCCGACACGCAGGACAGCAUGUCCCUCCUCUUCAGGCUCCUGACGAAGCUCUGGCUGUGCUGUCGUGAGGAAAAUCACAUCACGGAGCCCGACGAUACCCUCGUAGACGAAUGCUGCCUGCUGCCCAGCCAGCUGCUCAUCCCCAACAUCGACUGGCUGCCCAUCAACGACGGCAUCAUCAGCAAGCUGCAGAACAAGCAGCUCGUCCGGCUGCAGUUUGGGAAAGCCCCCGGCCUCGUCGGGCACACCGUCUCCUCCCAGUUCGAUGCCUUUGUCAGGGCCCCUGGACAGCCUAAAAUCGACCACCUCCGGCGGCUGCACUUGGGAGCCUACCCAACAGAGGAGUGCAAGUCCUGCACCCGGUGUGGCUGUGUCACGAUGCUGAAGUCACCCAACAAAGUGACGGCGGUGAAGCAGUGGGAGCAGCGCUGGAUCAAGAACUGCUUGUGCGGGGGGCUGUGGAGGAGGAUGCCCCUCAGCUACUCCUGACCUGUGGGGCCCGGGGGGGGGGGACACAGCACCAAGCAGAGGAGCUGCUCUGGGCCUCCUUUCUCGGCCGUGUUUGGGGCAAGGGAUGCUCGGGGAGCAGCAUCCUGGUGCUGCCAGUGAGCCAGUAUCAGGCAGCACCGCGCUGCUGCUGCUUCUGCUCUCGUGUUGAUGUACAGAGGAGGGGAGGGAGCUCCUUUUCCCUCUUCUUUCCCAGGAAUAUCUAGAAGGGAAUGAGUGCCAGAGGUUUCCUGGGGAAGGGUGGUGUCUGGGCCCAGCAGGUCCCAGUGCAAGCCCUGGCCUGGGCACAACGCGGUGGCUGGAGGGGACCAGAGCCCCCAAGGAGAGGGGAGCAAACGCUGGGUCCUCCCGUUCCUCC